AUGGCGGACACAGAAAAAAAGGUCCCGGCGGUCCCUGAGAGCCUUUUGAAAAGGCGAAAGGCCUUUGCAAAGUUGAAGGCCAUGCGCAUCAAGAAGAUCCUGGCUGACAAAAAGACUCGUAAAGUAACCAGGAAGCUGAUCUACAAAAGAGCUGAGAAGUAUCACAAGGAGUACAGGCAGAUGUACAGGAAGGAGGUCCGCUUGUCCCGUACUGCGCGUAAAGUGGGAAACUUCUAUGUUCCAGCAGAGCCCAAACUGGCCUUUGUCAUCAGGAUCAGAGGUAUCAAUGGUGUCAGCCCAAAAGUCCGCAAAGUCCUGCAGCUCCUGCGUCUGCGCCAGAUCUUCAAUGGUGUGUUUGUCAAGCUCAACAAGGCUUCCAUCAAUAUGUUGAGGAUCGCAGAGCCCUACAUUGCCUGGGGAUACCCCAACCUUAAGUCGGUGAGAGAGCUCAUCUACAAACGUGGUCAUGGCAGAAUGAGGAAGCAGCGCAUUGCCCUGACAGACAACGCUCUCAUCGAGAAGGCUCUUGGCAAAUAUGGAAUCAUCUGCAUCGAGGACCUCAUCCACGAAAUCUACACAGUUGGGAAGAACUUCAAGCCUGCCAAUAAUUACCUGUGGCCCUUCAAACUCUCCUCUCCUCGUGGAGGCAUGAACAAGAAGACCACUCACUUUGUUGAGGGAGAGAAUGGUUUUCAAGAGGACUUAGACCUGAGCACGGGAACAUCUGGAGGACAUGCAUCUGUCCGACACAGCAUGCAUCUGAUGAAGAGGUUUCCGGUCAUACAGCCUCUGCACAAACCGAGGGAUCAAAAGUCCUUGUUCACUACAUUCAUCGUUGGAGGAUCUCGUUUAGCCAAAGAUGACCCUCCACUGGCCAACUGCAGUGAACUUGAGAGAGACAUCUGUGGAAGACACUUUAUAUUUGACACGCACAGUGUAAGACCAGAGAGAACCAGAUCUAUGAUUCGUCCUUUGCCAAAAGAUUACCACGUGCACCGGCCAGGCAACCUCUAUCCCCUCACCAUACCCAAGGGGCGGCACAGCCACAAGAAUGGACCCUUCAUCCUAGAUUGUAAUGAACCGUUUGAACUGACCUCAAGUCCAGCCGUCCUUGUUCCCUCCACAUAUGUCCUCAAUGGCAGAAACACCUUUCCUGUGGGAAACUGCAAACUCAGCAGGUCUAAGGCAAAUUACCCAACUUACCACCUGCAGACUGUUAAAGAAAACCAAAAGAUCCAGUCCUACGCAGACCCUGUGAUGGGAGCCUCUCAGUCCUUCUUGCACCGUAUAUCAGAGCUGUCCUCCCUCCAGUGUGAGUCUGUGCGACAGGAGAGGCUGAAGAAGAUGAAGAAGCCUCGCAAACCUGCCUCCUGA